AUGCGCAGUAAGGCCCGCAAAGAUGAAGGUGCCCAGGAGCCCGUCGGUGGCUUCCUCGGUUGCUCUGGCAAUCUUCCGGAUGUCGGGCUGAACCCCCUUGUUCUUCUUGAGGUCGCAGGACGAGCAGAAGGCGAGGGUGAUCUGAGUCCUGAACGCCUCGGAGUUGUCCUCUACGUGUUUGACGACCCAGUCCCGAUCGUAGAUGUCGUCGUAGGUCUCCCCGCCUUCCUUGGCCUCGUCGAACCUGCUACACGGACUUGGUCUUCCGCCCGUGGCGCUUGCGCAUGA